UAUAUGUUGUGCCUCUGAUUCACUGCAUCUGCUAUCUUCGUUGUACCCCGCAGCCACUUCGGUCUGUUAGUUCCCCGCGACUUUGUGUGUCUCUUCCCAUGGAUACCCAGCAUAGCCAUUGUUGCUCGCUCGAUUGUUCUUUAAUUGUGUUCUUUUCCGGGACGUUAUCUACGUCCAUCUAUCAUCAUUUCGAUUAUUUCCUUUCCCGCCUCUUUGGCCUUCGAUUCUUGAUAUCUCUUGUGUCAGGACCUGGGCGUCCCCGCACCCUAUCUUUCUUCUCGUUUGACCAAAAAACCCCCCCUCCGACCCCUUGGAGAACACCCCGUUCUAAUUCACCUCGUUUCCUAUCUCGAGAACGGGAACCAGGGACGGACAUUCUCACGCACACGGAUGGAGAAUGACUAUCGUGCCCUGGGAAUGGAUUUCUUUUCUCAACCUGUGAUCUCUUUCCUACCAGGAUACUAUACAAGUCUACGCCAGUACACUAUAUACAAUAUAUAUUUGCAUAUAACCUUC